AUACCUUAACCGUCAUUCCGGAGACCGUCCGGACGGUGGUUUGCUUUUUGAAUUUGUAGUGGUAGGCCGCGUCGUGCCUCGUUCGUGUUCAACGCGAUUUUUCGGUUCCGUUCGACCGUUUUUCUAUCGCGAUAAUUUCCCUGACGCUUUUCCGCGAUUCGUUAAUCGAAAUUUGAGGUUACUGUCUUGUUUUAUCGCUAAUCGAACUCCCUCAAAAAACAAAAGCAGAUCUCUGUACGAUUAUAUCCUGCGAUAAAGCUCAGUUUUAGUGAUUUUUGGUGAGAUUACACAGUUUUUCGUGGUUUUCAAGGCGAACCAGUGUUUUUUGUGUAAAACAUCGAUACUCCAUCCAGACAAAUCGGAAAUUGCUUUGUGAAUGCAACUGCAUUCUUGUGAGGCAUUUAGUGGACCAGUGGAAGAGAGAUAAACUCGGCAGGGUGGAUUUAUAGUGAUAGUUCAGCUGACUCACAAGUCUCUUAAGCAUCUGUCCGGCGGACCGCAUCUGCUCUUAGUGAAGGGUGUUAUUUUGUUGAUGAACGGAUGACGUUUUACUGACUGGUGAUUAAUUUUGGUGCUUGGUUUCAUUGAAGUUUUACAGUGAAAUCAAAAAAUGGGUAAUCACCCAUCUAAUCACGUGCCUUUGGAAAGGAAUAUCAGUAAAUUUGGAGAUGUCAAUGCGAGGCGGAGCCUCCGCUCUCCCCGCAAAAUGGAUCGACUACGGCGAUCUUUCAGGGAUUCCUUCCGGAAACGGAAGGACCGGAUUCCAGAGAGUUCUAAACCCCACCAGUGGCAAGCUGAUGAAACAGCGGUUCGAUCUGGUACAUGCACGUUUGCUGUUAAAUAUUUAGGUUGUGUAGAAGUUUUCGAUUCUAGGGGGAUGCAAGUAUGUGAAGAAGCGCUCAAAGUUCUUAGAGGCUCUCGGCGGAGACCUGUAAGAGCUGUCUUACACGUUAGCGGCGAUGGUCUUAGAGUUGUCGAAGAAGAAACGAAAGGUUUAAUAGUCGACCAAACGAUAGAAAAAGUAUCUUUUUGUGCACCUGAUAGAAAUCACGAACGAGGUUUCAGCUAUAUCUGUAGAGAUGGUACUACGAGGAGGUGGAUGUGUCAUGGCUUCCUGGCUUUGAGAGAAAGUGGAGAAAGACUAUCGCAUGCAGUGGGAUGUGCUUUUUCCGUUUGUUUAGAAAGGAAACAAAAAAGGGACAAGGAAUGUGGUGUUACCAUGAUGUUCGACGCUAAAAACAAUACUUUCACUCGAAGUGGAUCAUUUAGACAACAAAGUCUAACAGAGAGAUUGGAUCGGGAGAGAGGUAUAGACGUGGGUCCUACUAAUUCAAAGCCACAACCACCAGUUAAUCCUUUUGCCAUUGAAAGACCUCAUGCGACUCCCAGUAUGCUACAAAGGCAGGGGAGUUGUAGAGGUUUCAGCACGCUAGGUGAAAGUUCCCCAUUUAAACGUCAGAUGUCACUUCGGGUCAACGAUCUCCCGAGUAAUACCGCCCGUUUAAAUUCCUACAAGUCGCCAACUUCACCCACCGCCAAUGGAAAGCCUCCAGUUUCACCAAUACCAGAAGUCUCACCUGGCGAUUCUGUGACUGCGUUAUGCCAGCAACUUAGCCAGGGCUUAAGCCAAUUGACGCACAGCGGGUCUGAUGAUUUCAACUUUAACAAUCAAAGUUCUGUGAAUCAGAACACGCUCAAUGUUAACGUAACCACGAUAAAUAACAGUUUUAGUAGGGCUUCUCCUAAUGUGUUUACACCAGUCAAUCUCAACUUUAGUCCUAAAAAUGAGGUUAAUACUUCUACAUCUUCAACCUCUACCCUUCCAAAGCCUGAACAGUGGUUGGAAAUGGUUAAGUCUUCCUCCCCUACGUUAGGAAAAGUAGAUGGUUCUACUCCAAGACGUACACCAUCAUUUAAAGCACAGUCGAGAGCUGUGUCGUUAGAUACUGGAUCAGACUCUUUUCAGAGUACUAGAGCAGACCCAUUUGACGCUGAAUGGGCUGAGAUGGCAGCUAGACAAGGAACAAAUAGUACUAAUCCAUUUCUAACAAGCAGUACUACACCUAAAGCGUUCCAAAUACAGCUGUAGUCUUCACAUUUUGUUGUUUUUAUGACUGUAGGAGCAGCUUAUGUGAAGCUUGUUAAUCUUUUAAAUUGAACUUUGACAUUUCAUCAUAGGCUGGUCCUAGAUGUCAGAUUGUUAACUGAUAAAGAUUUUUGUUGAGUUUUACGAAUAUUUUUAUUUAUAUUUUAUAUCUGAUUUUGCAUUAUUGGUAAAAAUGUGGUGGUAGAAGUAUACAAUGAUAAAUUGUAUCGCACUGCAUUUUUAUCUAUUGCGUCUAAAAGAUGUGAUUCAUUCCAAUAUUUUUUAACUACUUUUAAAUUUUAAGGUGGUUAAAUUUUGCCAGGACUAGUCUGUGCAAUGUGUACAUAGUGGGGGAUGAUAUAGUAUGGGGAGUGACAGAGAAAUUAGGUAGUAUAGAAAAACAUCUUUGUAACUGACUUUUUUGUUUUAAAAAAUGUUAUAACUUAGAUAGUAAUUAUUAAAUACGCAUAUCUUUGUAAAAUUUACAGUGAUGCCACUUUUGAUUAAAUACGUUAUGUAUGCGAAAGAGAUUAUGUAAUAUCGUUUUAGACUUAAGUUGUAGGGAAGCGGCCACAUAAUUUUAACAUUUUUUAAAAUAAAAAAGUCAAAAUAAUGCGUAAUGUGCUAUAUCAAUAAAAGAAGCUUGCAUAUGUGAUGAUUAUAUUUGAAGAAGAAUAUCAGGUUUAAGACAGAUUAAAGACUUUUAUAUUUUAGUGUAUGUAAUGUAAUAUGCAGAUAUAUAUACCAUAAUUUUUCCUAAAAAUUAAAGACUAAAUACUAUACAUAUACGAUAUGAGUUUAUAACAAAUACUAUACAACAUAAUGUUGACAUAUUACUGAUUUUCAUUAAACUUUUGGUUUUUGGUGUAUGAAUCCAAGAUUAAAAUGUAUAAAUCCAUCGUCAGACCAGUACUAACAUAUGGAUGCGAAACGUGGACCAUGACCAAAUCAAACGAAGAAAAGCUCGACCGAAAAAUGUUUGGACCUCACCACGACAUUAACACAAACCAGUAUAGGAUCAGAACCAACAUCGAAUUAAGAACUCUACAAUGACACCGAUAUUGUCCAAUAAAUUAAAUCGCAGCGACUAAUAGACGGAGAGGCAGCGCUGAAAAAUCUCUUUGAAUUUACUAAAGCUAGAUUUUUCACAGUUGAUUACUGUGAUUGUGUAGAGAAUCAUACUGCAGUCGGUCAAGCGAAACGUAGAACAGGGGUUACUGAGAGGGUAUCAAAGUUGCUUUUCUACGAAGGUAAUUAAAUCCAUUUACUAAGGCUGAAAAUCAGUACACACAUUCUAAAUUGAAUAUAAAUAAAAGUUAUUAUAGUCGGUCAGCUGUAUGAUGGGACAGAGCCGGUCGGUCAGCCCAAUGAAUGUACAGGGUUAUUCACUAUAUUUUGACCCCCUUGUAAACUGCUUUAUUUACUGAAUUAGAAAAAAAUGUAAAAUACAAAAGUUUUUCGAUUUUUAAAUUAUGAUUUUUUGACAUAUAUCGUACUAGUGACGUCAUCCAUCUGGGCGUGAUGAAGUAAUCGACUAUUUUUUUAAAUGAGAAUAGGGGUCGUGUGCUAGCUCAUUUGAAAGGUUAUUCAAUUCUCUAUACAGUACUAUAAACAUUAAGAUCAUUAUUUAUACAGGAUGUCCAAAAAUUUUUUUGAAUUAUUAAUUAAACAAUUUAAUAAAAAAAUUUUUGGACACCCUGUAUAGUUAAUCAUGUUAAUGUUUAUAUUACUGAAUAGGGAAUUGAAUAACCUUUCAAAUGAGCUAGCACUCGACCCCUAUUCCCAUUUAAAAAAAUAGUCGAUUACGUCAUCACGCCCAAAUUGAUGACGUCACUAGUACAAUAUAUAUGUCAAAAAAUCAUAAUUUAAAAAUCGAAUAACUUUUGUAUAUUACAUUUUUUUCUAAUUCUGUAAAUAAAGCAAUUUACAAGGGGGUCAAAAUAUAGUGAAUAACCCUAUACAUUCAUUGGGGCUGACCGACCGCCUCUGUCCCGUCAUACAGCUGACCGACUAUAAUAACUUUUAUUUAUAUUCAAUUUAGAAUGUGUGUACUGAUUUUCAGCCUUAGUAAAUGGAUUUAAUUACCUUCGUAGGAAAGCAACUUUGGUACCCUCUUAGUAACCCCUGUUCUAAGUUUCUCUACACAAUCACAGUAAAUAACUGUGAAAAAUCUAGCUUUAGUAAAUUCAAAGAGAUUUUUCAGCACUGCCUCUUGGACUAUAAGAUGGACAGACCACGUGCACAGACUUCAUAACGAGAGAUUUGUAAGACUGGUAUGGGAGGAGAUUCCUACAGGCAAAAGACCACUCUGACGUCCCAGAAUGCGAUGGAGAAAUAACAUCCAAGCAGAUCUCCGGAAAAUGAACAUUCCAUUUGACCCUAGGUUGAUGGGAAACCGAACAAAUUGGAAGAAAGUUGUACAGUCAGCCAGGACCCAUCCAGGGUUGUAGCGCUACGUGAUGAUGAUGUAUGAAUGUUUGAUUAUGAUAAUCAUUUACUACUCUUUCUACUAUUCCUAUCACAAUAUCUUGGAAAAUUAAUGAAAUAUAUCUGCAUAUUAGUGUACUAUACCGGUGUUGUUUAUAUUCUCUUAAAAAGUCUGAAAAUAUCUUUAUAAUCUAUGUAACUAGAUUUUGAACUACCUAUUAUAUAAAUUUAUACACGUGUAUCAAAAAAUAGGCAGCUCAAUCGUGGUAUACCAAUGAUUAUUUGAGAUUUAUCAAGAUAUUGUUCAGUGUUUGAGUGUUGUUUAAUCAAUGCGUUUUUCUUAAUAUCGAAUUCAAAAUGUGUUGUCACGUUUAAGGUUCGCACUAUUUUCAUGCCUUUUAUCAACAUUUCUACGCUUUUCCCCAUUUAUUUAUAACUAGGAUUGUCAUAAACAAAGUUGACUUUAUGUCUACAAACAUUGGAUAUAGGUCCUCCUAUCUGUAUGUUUUUGUAUUAAGGUACUAGUACACUUUAGAAGACCAAAAAUAAGCAUUUUUCAAGAUUUUUUCUCAGAACCUUUAUUAAAAAUGAACAUAAAACUUUUUACAUAUUAAUAUCUAACUCUUAGAGAAUACAAAAAAUAUAUAUUUUUUCAUUUGUGCACGUACACCAAUACUGUAAAGGGCGCCAAAGUCGAGGUCUCGAAAAAAAAAAUAGUUCCAAUGGCGGACGGUUAAUCUCAGGAUUGGGAUCUCUGAAACAAAAAAAUCGGACGGCAUUUGAAAAAGGAAGGUUUUCUACGUGACAAUUUACCACCGUUAGUGGAAAAUUCCGAAAAUUUUACGGAAAUUAAAAAAAAAUUGUGAAAAAAUCAUCCUUUUUUCUUUAGUUUUUCGUGGUUAAAAAAUAUUAAUUUUUUAUUUUUUGGUCAAAUUGUGGUCAAUUGUCACGUAAGAAUUCUUCCUUAACCCUCUAUAAUAUUAUUGUACCUACGUGCAUAAAUAAAAAAAAAAGAUAUUUUUUGUACUCUCUAAGAGUUAGAUAUUAAUAUGAAAAAAGUUUUAUGUUCAUUUUUAAUAAAGGUUCUGAGAAAAAAAUUCUUGAAAAAAAUGCUAAUUUUUGGUCUUCUAAAGUGUACUAUACUAAAUUUACAAUCGAGAUGCAGUAGAAAUAAACAAACCAAGAUACGUUAAAUGCUACUAGCAGCACUCCCGAAUCAUAAUUUACAAUCUAUAAACUUUGGUAAUCAUGAUUGGGGAUUUACAAUAUAUAUACAUUUUAAAUUAUGAUUCAGGAGUGCUCCUAGUAACAUUUAAAGUGUCUUGAUUUGUUUAUUUCUACUGCAUCUUGAUUGUAAAUUUAGUACAGUACCUUAAAUUUUUUAAUAUUAAUUUCAUAAUUCCAUUCUCAGAAUAAAUUUUUAUAUCUCAUAAUCUCAUAUCUCAUAAUCUCUCUUUUGUUCUGCACUUACAGUAAAUAUUUUGAAUGUUGUUCCUGCUAAACGCUAAACUAUAGCUAAUCCACUACCUAUACCUUUCCAUACCCAACAAAUUGAUAUUUAUAGUCCAUAAAAAAUAAAUUUAUUUCCAAAUUUGCAAUUUAAAAUCCUAAUUUAAUGUAAAACUUGGCAAAACAAUUAGAUUCGUCAAUGCAUUUUUAGUUCAUUGCAUAAUCUCAGCAAAUUUACUGAGUAAAUGAUUAUCUUCAACUUAUCAUUCAAAUCGAUCAUAUUGAUACUACAUGGUGUAUAGUGAAGAUACUAUUUUUUCACAUGCAUUAUCAAGGAUGGGUGCAACACAAACGUGCAGUAUAUAAAGUAGGCAAUUAUGAGUGCACAUUAAAUUUGAAUCAAUUAUUAUUAUUAUUACUUUCACAUGCCUGUAUAAUUAGGAACUUCGUCACAAACCAAUCAUAUACACAAGGUCACAUCACCAUUAUAUUGGAGUCUUCUUAAAUAAGUGUUACUUUUUUUAAGACUCUCUCACAUUACAGAACAUACUUGGUGUUAUUGUCUAAAGUACGUCUCUCAUUCCAUUUUUUUUCAUAUUUUGUUGUAUUGUGUGAGUGGCUACUAAAUCAUAUUUUUACAUACAUAACCCCAUAAAAAUAUCAAUCCGAAGUGUCGAAGUGAAAACUUAACAGGUUUUUCUCUCCUCAGCCACGUGCUCGCAAACUUUAUAUUCAUUUGUAUUUAAAUACGUUUUCGUAUUAAUAAAAAAUGUGCUGCAUCAUCCAACUCCAUCCUAAAUUUUGAAUAAUACUCAGUGGAAUGUGUUCUAAAAAUCGCAAAUAUGUACGAACAUCUAAAUAACUCUAAAAUUUCUUAACUUUAGCCUAUAAUUCCUGCAUGAAAAUCGAUUUAUGACCAAUUCCGACGACUUUUUUUCGGGCAUGCGUAUUCCAAGGUUCCAUGAAGUUUUGAAAUAUCCUUAGAUAAUUCAACUACUACUCUACAUUCACACUCAAGAUGCAGUAGAAGUAAACAAACCGAGACACGUUAACUGUUACCAGGGGCACUCCUGAAUCAUGAUUUAAAAUGUGUAUACAUUGUAAAUCACAUAUGAUGAUUUACAAAUUUUAUACAUUGUAAAUCAUGGUUCAGGAGUGCUCCUUGUAACAGUUAACGUGUCUCGGUUUGUUUACUUCUACUGCAUCUUGAUUAUGAAUGUGGAAUAGUAUUUUAUUUUUAAUAACAAAUCCUAGUACGAUUAGUACAACACCAACCAAAAGACAACUUAUAACUUAUAUGCAUUACGCAGAAAAUAACUUGCAUUAGGUUCUCUUAAUUUUCUUAUCUAGCGGGUUUAUUGGGUUGAAUUUUGAAUUGUCUACGGUUUAAGUUUCAUGUCAGCCAAUACAUUGUUGUUUCAAAAAUUUUGUUCUUUAAUUUUGGAUCUUGUUGAAGGGGGAUGGGGAGGGGGGAUUCCUCCCAUUUCUACCGCUCAUUUUUGCAUAUUAUUUAUUAUUUCUGCCAAUUACCAAUUUUCAGAACAUUCUUCGAUUAUUUAAAGCAUCUUUUACUUGCUCAGAAUAUUUCAUUUUUUUUGUUACUACAUACUAACAUAAGAAUGAUUUUCUUCUUCUUCUUCUUCUGCUUUUUCCAAUUAUAAGUUUGCUGUUUUCGUCCUUCACAGCACUCUAUUCUCCCAGUCACCUUCUCUGAGACCUCUAUCGUAGCAUUUCCUAUGUACGCUUUACAUCUAGUAGCUCCAUACAGGGUAAUUUCAAUACUUAAAAAAUGGUUAUUGUCGUAAAAAAAUUUGAUAUGAAAUUAGUGCUUCUGCAAAUUCUUAUUUAUAAGGGAGCACAUAGAUGAUAUUUAAUUUAAAAGUCAACAGAGUUUCAAGUGAGUGUACUAUUGUGAAUGCCCUGUGUAUUUCCAGAUAACUAAAAAUAUUUCUUUUGUGAAUUUAUUAUUUAUAACUAAAACUGAAUUUGGCUACAUUUACUGGUUUCAUUGUAAGACAAUUUUUCCUUAGGCUAUGCAAUUUAAGAAAAAUCAAAAUAUCUCCCGAAUCAAAAUAUAUGUUUGGUUAUGUGAUACAUAAUAAAGAUUAUUUAAUUUUUGACUCAUCAUCUAAAAAUGCAAAAAUGCAAUAAAAUAUGGGGCGUUCCCUGAGAAAAAUCAUAACUCUGACUCACUACAGUUUUUUGAGACUCUCGAUAUAUUUUUCAAUAUAAUUUUAAAAUAUACCAUUCAAUCAGCGGUGUGAUGGAUGACCGAAGUUAUCGUUAACGUAAAGUUAUCCUGUAGUUAUGUUAUAAUCCUCGAAUUGGUGUGAUGUAUCAUACUUAACUUAACUACUUGCGUUAUUUCUUGACAGUUCUUGAGUUAUCUGGUAUAUCAACUGUCACUUUAUAACGCGACGUUAAACCUCAAGUUAUGAGAUAACUUUGUAGUUAAGUAAGGAUAUGUAAGGUUAGAUUCAUCUUUUGACUUGUUUUUAGACAGAAAUCAAGUGAAUUUAGAAGCUAAUAAUUUAAUAAAUAAGAAUAGAAGGGUAAUACAAUUUUAAAAAUGAUACAAAAAUCAAAUCGAGAGAUACAAGUUGAAAUUUUAUUUUAAGUAUCUACUGAGCUUUCUAUCCAGAGUUGCCAGAUGAUAUUUUAUAAAUCCCCCACUUAGAAACUGAAAUUCCCUCAAAUUGAAGCUCAAAUACCCCACAUUUAAAAUUUUGCCGCAUUUUAAUAAGUUAGUAAUUAGUUGUCAAAUGAAGAGAACAGUACACCAAAAUUAUACUACUUAUCAACGAGGGCCCUGGAAAUAAUUAAUCGUUCCUAUGGUCUUCAUUUUAUGGGAGUAUAAUCACCGGUAUAAUAUACGCAGUUCUAUGUAUAUUCGCAAAUUUAAUUUACCAUGACCCCUUAAAAUACUCCGUAAUUUUCCGCCCCCAAAAAAUCCCACUACAAUUUCUGCUUAGAAAAAUUUCCCGAACAGCUGUUUGCUGUUCGGCACUGUUCGGUCAUCGACGGUGGCCGACGAUGGGGAUUUACUUUCACGGUCAUCUACUAUGUUCCGAACUAUCUCUCGCGCUCACUCCAACUUGUACUAUUUCUACAUAAGGUUCUCUUUGUUACUUCAACAUUUUUUCCUCAAACCUUAUUUCUAAAAUAACGUUCAUCAAAUAACUACCUCAUAACUCUGACCGAUACAUCACACCGAAUUUUACCUAAAUAGUUAAGGGCAUCGUUAUUCCUGAGAGUUAUCUUAACUUUAACUCAAACGUUAAAGUUAACUUCGGUCAUCCAUGACACGACUGAAUAACUGUACUACGAGGACAAAAUUUUAUUGUUUAGCCACAAUGCACCACAUACAUGUUUAUUAUAUUUUAAGGUAUAUUUCAAGGCAAUAGUUUUUGGCUAAGUUAUUAAUGAUACAGAAAUUUGAAAGUGCUCCUGUUAAUUUAAUGUUUUGUAAUUGAUUUACUUAUUUUGGUAAAUUCAUUUUGUGUUGUCUUGUACUUAAUAUUAAGGCUCUGACUCUGAGUAUUAGAUAAAUGUCACUUCUGAGAUAUAUCGCCAGUAGCAACUCUGAUCCAUUCAAAGACAAGUGUAGAUAAGUAAAGACAGAAUUUGUUUGAAAUCAAAAUCAAUCAUCGAUGGGCAAUAUAUCCCAUAGAGUCAACCAUAUCCCUAGUCUAUCUCCCAAUUAUAUUACAAAAAUUCUACUACAUAAGUUAGAGAUUGGCUCUAAAAUAUACCAAACUAUAAGUUUUAAGCCUAAUAUACUUCUAAAAACAAUGUGUUUGUAGUCAUAGGUUUAUUUUGUAUCGUUCAUUAUACUAUUUCUACUCCCAUUUCUUUCACGAUACGUCAUCAGUAGCUACUUUGUCUUAUCUUUUCUUAUUUUGAACUAGGAAUGUUAGAAAACCGUAUAUGAAUUUGAUAUUUAGAAAACAGCUUUUAGUUAGUUUAAACAACCUUGGAUUUAUCUUUAUCGAAAGUCUCAGGUUAUUGUUAGAGAGAAACUAUACUUAAGAUAGACCUUUUACAAAAUAGGGGAACGAAUUAGACAUACUUAAUAUUAUACUUACACCUGCCGAUUUUUUGAAAAGCUAUGCACAAACAAUGUUCUAUGUACUUAAAACGAAAUAACGUAGUCUUUUCGACAAAAUCGCAGCACUGGUCAAUUUAGAAUAAUACCUAGGUACUUAUAACUAGUGAAAGGCUGAAGAGUUAUUCAGAAUGCGCAUUUUUAAUUGCAAUUGCAAUCGUGCUAAGUUAAGUUUAAUUGAGAUGCUGUAUAAAAAAUGUUAACUUACAUGUCUUAGUUUGCAAAAUAAUUCACUGCCAUUUUGUGCCACUAGAGUGGCAAAUACUGGUAAAUAAGUAUUUUUAUCUGAAACUGUCAAUAUUUUUAAGUAGAAUGGGGAUCCAAACAUCGAUUAUUAACAAAAAACAUUAUGUACAACUAUAAGAUAAACAUCAGUUAGUUUAAUCAUAUUAUAGUCCCUGCCAUUUCCAACUAUCGAAUGUGAAAAAUCGAGUUUUUCAGAUUCGAUACCUUGCCCUCGCAUUAUACGUGAUACAUCUUAUGGUAAAUUCUCGUUAUUGUAGCUUGAUUAGGAGCGCGGGAAAUAUGCUGUUUAAACCAUCGAAUAUGAACAUUUUUUUAUUAGAUUGACUGCAAACUGACGAAAAUGGUUAUAUUCGAUACUUUUUUUUGUAUAAAUAUAACUAAAGGUAUAUUUGUACAACGCUAAAUGUCGAAUGUGUCACAUUCGUUAGUUUGUGUUGUAAUUUCUUCAACAGUUAUUCAAUUAUAAUCUGUAAACUGUCGAAAAUGCUAAACUGCUAAGAAGAAUAAAAUACACGUGCUUACAAUUUGUGCGAAUUUUGUUUCAGUAUCGCUUCCAAGAAAUUCUUGUGCGGCAGUUUUUGAUUUCAUUUUAAUGGAUUUUCAUUACUUGAUUAUAGUUAUUCGCUAUUAUACAUUCGCUACUUUUAAUCAUCGGGCGGAAACAAAUUUUUGAUUAAUACAAAAAGCAAAGUAACGAAUGUGAUUUUUUGGAAAGAAAAAAAUAAUAAGCAGUUCAAAUUUGUUAUCAGUUAUCAACCUAACAAGGAUUAAACAUUACAUACAAAAAAUAUAAAGAAUUUCCCAUUUGUCAAUGCGCUGAUUUAGGAGUCUCUAAAAAAGAGUUAUUUUGCUCUCCUGAAAAGUACCACUUUUCACAUUCGAUAGUUGGAAAUGGCAGGGACGAUAUACUCAUAUUACUUUGAUCCAUUUGUAAACUGAUUUGUAAAUUUUUACAAGAAAGUCUAAGAAAUCCUUUGCCUGACAUUUACAAGACGUUUAUCAUUUGAUAAAACUUAAGAACGUCAAAAAAUUAAAGGUGCUAUCUUGAUAAUUAUUUGUUUGACAGCCAUCAAAUAAAAUGUAAAUAAAACUUCCAUUUAACUCUUUUAGGGGCGACGUUACCCACAAUUUACCACAAAAAAAUUCACUGAAAUGGGCAGUGGUAUAGUAUGUAACAAAUAAUUUUAGAAAACCUUAAUCUUAAGCUUAUUACAAAGUCAUUUGUAUUUGAAUGAUGUGGUUACGUUUUCGGCCCAGGUAGAAAUUAAUAAAUUUUAUCAAAAAUGAAUAACCAUUUUCAAUUUCGUUGCAACACGAAACUACAGCCUCAUCAUUAUUCCAGUUCAAUCAGAGAGUGCAGCAAGCACCUCUACCGGUUUCGAAACUUAUUAGUCUCUCAUCAGGAGGCACAUAUGCUGCUCUCUAUGACCCAACUAGGACAAACCCCGGCGUGCAGUUACGGAUUGCAACGAACGAAAUGGCAGGGAUGCCCUAGCGGCAACUGCUAGCAAAAAACUAAGUUUUCAAUCUAAUAGCACAUUAUUCUACAUCCUACCAGACUGAAAACAAUGGGAACCUUCUCUGGUAACACCUCCGAGACUUUUACAAUUUGCAAGCUAUAACGGAUGCUGAGACCAAGUAAGAUGAGGGAAUUUUACAAUUUAUAAUUCCCGUCCCAUCUGCUCAGCGCGGUAAAGUUCCAACGAGAAUGGUUCCCUUCGUACUCCAAUCAAGAGUAAACAUAUAAAUCCAAGAUGAAUGACCAUUUUCAAUUUCGUUGCAACACGAAACUACAGUCGCAUCACUAUUCCAGUUCAAUCAGAGAGUGCAGCAAGCAUCUCUACCGGUUCCGAAACUUAUUAGUCUCUCAUCAGGAGGCACAUAUGCUGCUCUUUCUGACGCUCUCAGUUGCCGCUAGGGCAUCCUUGCCAUUUCGUUCGUUGCAAUCCGUGACUGUACGCCGGGGUUUGUCCUAGUUGGGACAGAGAGAGCAGCAUAUGUACCUCCUGAUAAGAGACUAAUAAGUUUAGAAACCGGUAGAUGUGCUUGCUGCACUCUCUGAUUGAACUGGAAUAAUGAUGCGGCUGUAGUUUCGUGUUGCAACGAAAUUGAACAUGGUUAUUCAUCUUCGAUUUACAUGUUUACUCUGAUUUGAGUACGAAGGGAACCAUUCUCGUUGGAAUUUUACCGCGCUGAGCAGAUGGGACGUGAAUUAUAAAUUGUAAAACUCCCUCAUCUUCUUUAGUCUCAGCAUCCGUUGUGGCUUGCAAAUUGUAGAAGCCUCGGAGGUGUUACCAGAGACGGUUCCCAUUGUUUUCAGUCUGGUAGGAUGUGGAAUAUCAUUUUUGGAUAUUUUUUUAAUAAAUUUUAAUUUAUUGUACUUUUAAUUAUUAUUAAGUUACCGAUACUUCUUCUUUAAGUUCCAUCUUCUAUCGAAGGUUGGAAAUCAUCAUGGCAAUUCGGAUCCUGUUGACUGCCACUCUAAACUAAACUAAACAUGUACCGAUACUACUCAAAUACAAAUGACUUUAUAAUAGAAUUAAGGUACCGUUUUCUAAAAUAUUUUGAAACAUAUACAGUGAUUUUCUCUAAUCCUGCCCACUUGUCCCUGAAAGUCGCAUGUCUCCUCCUGAAAGAGUUAAAGGUUGAAGACUAGAAAUUUGAAGUACAGCUUACAUAACUCUAUCAUGCAUGGUAUCAGUAUUUUGGGAUACACAUUUUAUCGAGACACUAGCCAUACCUAGUUUCAGCUCUGACGCUUAUGUCAGUAGUUAUAUACUGUCCUAGAAUAAACUACAUUUUAACAAAAUAAUCAGCAUCCAGAUAUGUAAUCCCCAUUUAAUGCAAAGUGAAUAAGCUUAGAAGCAAACCUUCCGUAAUUUGUUUACUGCCUCAAUACAACACGAAGGAAAAGUCUUUGUUGUUUUUCUUCCUUAAGUGCCGUCUCCCAAUCGGAUGUUGAUUAUCAUCACUAUGUUUACUCUAUCUACCGCUGCUCUGAAGAUUCUAUAGAACUGCAUUUAAACUAGUCCCUUAAAAUUGUCAAUCAUGACACCCUCCUUCUUCCUAUACUCCUUCCUCAUCUUAUCUUUCACUGUAUUAUCAGUCUUUGGCAUUUUAUAUCAGUAUCUACAGGUCCCAGAUCUUGUAACUUUCUUAUUUUUAUUGUGUUUAUUAUUUCGUAUUCUUUGCCCAUUUCUCGUAGUACCUCCUUGUUCGUUUUCUUCUGUGUCCAUGCUAUUCAAAUUUAUCUUUGGCAACAUCUGAUAGACGGAGCGUAUUCUAUAUUAGACCAGGGCGCAUCUGUAAAAAUAUUAGUACAUUUGGAUGUUGAGAGGUGACUCAUAUUUUUUUUGCAGGAAUUGCUUGAAAAUAACUCAUAUAAUAAUAUUUGAGUUAUCCUCCCACUGAAAAAGGUUCGGAACAUUGUUUAAAUAAUUGUCACUCUUGUUGCAAAAUAGCAGUAAUUGCGAAAAAACAUAAAAAAAACAAGUACUCGAAUUAUUUUACGUUUCUCAACCAUUUAUGCUACACUUCGGACCUUCAUAUUUCACCCAGAAAAACUUUUUGAUAUAGUAAAACAAUAUUGUAAACAUUAAGAUCGGUUUAACAGAUUUUGCAAAAUAAAUUUUGCAAUCCAGCUUUCGCAAAAAAAUCAAUUUUUCAAAAAUGUUUCAGGGCUGAAAAUAAAGCAGACAGCAAGUUGAAUUUUGUUUUGAAUAUAGAAGAAUACUGUACCUUUCAUUUUCAAUUUACAAAAUUAAAAUCGAUUUACUACCACGAAGUCAGGAAUUUUUUUUAAAUAAACAUUAAUUUUUGGUGCUACGCGCAGGACAGCGGAUACGUUUGCUCUGAUUGGGCAAUACAAUGACCUUUGAUAAUGAUUGAUAAAUUUUAAUUUUUAGUAUAUUUCGAUAUAAAUAAAUAAAUUUGUUUAUUGCAAAAUAAAAACACAUACUCUGUCCUUUGAAAUAACACUUUUUUUAGCAAAAAUUUUCUUUGUUCAUAUAUUUUAACUUAGAGAUAAAAGUUUAUUAUUUUUAAACAUAUGCAUUUGUUUAAACAAUAUUUCACAAACAAUAAUCAAAUUAGUUUCAUUUUUGUGGAAUUAAGAUAUUAAAACACAACAAAAUAUGGAAUAAGAAAAUAAAAUAUUAGGUAAAGAUUGGAAGAAAUUUUGGUAGAAAUCAACUUGUGUGAAUCGAACACCGCUGUCCUGCGCGUAGCACCAAAAAUUAAUGUUUAUUCAACCUGACGCCGUGGUAGUUACCCGAUUUUAAUUUUCCAAAUUACAAAUGAAAGGUACAGUAUUCUUCUAUACGUAAAAAUUUUUUCAACUUGUUAUCUGCUUCAUUUUCAGUCCUGCAACAUUUUGAAAAAAUGAAUUUUUUUUUGCGAAAGCUGGAUUGCAAAAUUUAUUUUGCAAAACCUAUUAAACCGAUCUUAAUGAAAUUUUCAGUAUUGUUUGACGAUAUCAUAUAGUUUUUCUGGGUAAAAUGUCAAAGUCCUAAGUGUAACAUAAAUGGUUGAAAAACGUAAAAUGCGAGUACUUGUUUUUUUAUGUUUUUUUCGCUAUUUAUUGCAAUUUUGCAACAAGGGUGACAAUUUUUAAAAUUUCAAGCUAAUCCUAUAUUGUAGGAAAUUUAAUUACGCAACUUUUAUGUCAGUACAACUUUUCUCGGAAGUGAAUACUUUUAAAGUUAUAAUCAAAAAACGAAGAAAAAAAUCGAAUUUUGCCUUUAAUUUUUGACAUUUUGAUUAUUUAAACAAUGUUCCGGACCUUUUUGAGUGGAAGGAUAACUCAAUUAUUAUUAUAUGAGUUAAUUCGAAGCAAUUUCUGCAAAACAAUAUGAGUCACCUCUCAACGUCCAUCUCAAAACAGAUGCGUCCUGGACUAUAAUAUGUAUAUAUUAUUAUUAUUAUAAAUAAAGUUCGUCGUAAACUUGUUAUCAGUAUACGUUACGUGUUUUAUAUUAUCUUUAAUAUCUCAUAUGAGACAUAAAAUUUCUUAUUUAAAAGUACAUAUUUAAAAAAUUAAUUUUUCAGACUUUUUGUUAACUUUAUUCUGGUCUAUCAAUAUAUCCACUGCAAUCACCAUGCACCUCUUCACUAAAAUGUGUAUGGAGAUUAUGAUAUGUGCUACCGGAAAGGGCUAACAAUAUCUACUUGAAUUGUUUUCUCACAUACCGUCUGCAGAUACCGACGGUAUUGUGUUCUAUUACUUCACAACUUUAAAACACGUAACUUGAAAAAUUGGCUCAGUUGCAAUUGAUUAUCAACAAUGAUGUGAUCGAACCUUUGAUUAAUUGGUAAAUUUAGCAAUUUUGUACUGUAAAGGUAUAAAAUGUUUUUAUUAUUGCUUGAGUUGUAUUGCGUGUAUGCCAGGUCAAAAGCUUCUGAGAUCAUUCUUGUAUAAUCCACUAGCUUGAUUUGGGGACUUGUUUUGGAUUUUAGCAUAACUUUUUAACCUAUCACAUUCCAUUAUCAUACGAAUAAACCAGAAUACAAUAACUCGUAUUCAGUAAGGUCUUGUUUAUUUGUUUUACUGUCUGCUUUUUAAUAUUGUUUUAUGGACAGUAGCUAACAUUUUUUAUACAGUAUUUUUUCCGUAUUUCGUUAGGAUAACUUGAUUUAUACAUGUUUUUAAUAAUUUUUUAAUUAUCUAAUAAAAAAAAUCAUUCCAUUUUAUAUACAAAGCUGCAUCUCCACAUUAUCAUUUGUAGUACAGCAACUAAAUUGGAGAUUCAGUAAUCUAACCUACAGUUAGGUUACUGAAUCCCAAUUAUUUAUUACUAAUGUAACAAUUAUUAUUUAUUAUACUAUUUUGGAUUGACAUUUUCAUUUAUAAUCCGAGAAAUAAUUGGACAGGAAUCGAUACUAUCUAUCUAGUUAAUCAGAAAUACAUUUUUCUGUCUUUCAACAUAGAACUUUCCAUCUUUCUUUAUUUUUGUCUAUCCUGAAUAAUUGAAUCCAUCUAACAUGAAUAUUCCUUUUGGUUUGCAUUUAUUUGGACAUCAGUUCAAUAUCUGAACUUAUUUUGAUGUGUCAGUCUUUUAAUUCUAUCUACCUCAAGUAAGUUUGAUCUCUAUUUUUGCUUACACGCUAUUCAGGCUUUCAAUCAUUCUUUGCAAUUCGUGUGUUUUCACUGAUACUGAAUACAAUGUCGUUAGCAUAUUGUAGAAUAUUAAAGUAACGUCCAAUUAUGUAUCUAGAUUGACCUAAUCUAGUUUUUAAAGAAGUCUUCCAGAGCUUGGUUGAAUAAUUUUGAUGACGUAUAAUCUAUGUAAUCUAUCUUAUAUUUAUUUGAUUAAUUGUAGAAAAGUAAAAAAUCUUUAGGUCUUAGUUUGGAAUUAUAAGGAGGACUAUGAGGUUUAGGUCCAACAUUUUGUUGUUUCAAAAAUUAGAGAUUGUCUUGCGAACUCUGCGAUGUAGUUGUACCUAUAUCAAUCAGUAGUAACAAUUCUUUGUCGACUGGUGUUUACUUUCUGGCUUCCCUUGAAGUGCUCUAGAGUCUAGAGAUUCUUCACACCAAUUCACCCUAGCUGCUUUCUGAAAGUAAAUUUUACUUACAAGUUUUACACAAAGGUUUUUUUAGACAUCCCAAUGAUUGUUAUAUUUCGUGAUAUGUCUAUAUUGGUAGAUAAGCUUUCACGUUUUUCUGUGUAGAUGCCGUUUUUGCUCAUACUGCUGAAUAGCUGCUAAAACUAAUCCGUCCAUGUUUGAAUUCUCCACGUGAACGAGGAACUAUUGACUGAUGUAGUGCUUUAUUGUCUAAAAUAGAAGCUAACUUGCUGACAUAUUUCUGUUCAGAUAAUUGUUUUCGACAAUUAAAAAAACAUUGCGCGAUUAUUUUUAAUAUUCGGCUAGCUUGAUAAUUUUGAUAGAUCGCUGUAACUACAUUAGACCUGUCGUCCUUAAAUUUUGGAACGGUAACUAAAAAUGGAAAGUUAUUUGAAGUAUGGACAUUUGAUUAUUGCCGCCCUCUAUGUCCCAGUAUCUGAAACAUAAAAGACACUCCACUUUAAACAGAAAAUUAAAAUAAUCCAAAACUUGUCACUUGUCAAGCUUUGCCUAUGAAAGGGGAUAUACAUUUGACAAUUUUUGGGUAGAGGGUUUAUCAACGCUUUUCAUUUGCUUCGGGCCUGGGUCAUAUUAUGUUGUAUAAUCCGUGUAUAAUAUUAAUAUAUACGACAUAUAACAGAAGCCCGAAACAAAUAAGAAGCGUUGAUAAGCCCUAUUCGGUCAAGUAGUUUAGACAAUUCCUCGCUUUUUGGAUUAAAAAAAAUUGAAAAUUUAAUGCGUAAAAAUUUCAACAUUGGUACACAUGCAGUACUUCUAAUCCAUUAAGAAUUAAGUUUUUUUUAUGAAAGUAGCGGUACUAAAAAUCUUUAUUUGGAGAUGGAGGCAUGUGAUAUGUUUUGGAAAUCAUAUUACCGUUCGCCUUUACAGUUUUGAAACUAGCACAACUAAUCAUAUUUAGAACUAACGAAAUUUAAAUAAACUCACUUAAAAAAAUAGUUUGUUUUUAUUUUGUACAGAAAAUUACAAUGAAAUCAAAAAAUUAACAACGUCGACAAUAUUCUGUUAUAUAAAUGUAUAUUUAUGUAAUUUUCUUGCUUAUAUCUACAUUUUUUCAUAACUAUUAGUUACGUGGAUUAUUUUCCAAAAUUUUAAACAAAUUUAUUGUUUUUAAAGCCAUUAAAGAUUAUUACUUGCAAAAUAAGUCAAAGUCUUACUGUUCUCAUUUUUUUUAUACACACUACGUAUAUCUGUCAUAAUCGUAAAUGUGAUGAAACACAUAUCAUGCUUUCGUGAUAUAUCGUGAUUUCCAGAAUUUGUUUGAAUAAUCUUGUUAGUUUUCAUCAGCCCUCUGUCCGAAAGCGUAUCGCAGAAUAUAAACACAUUUUUAUGGCUAGUUACUUAAUAUGUGUUAGGUAUAUUUAGUUCUGGUUUUAAUCUUUCUUUUGUUAAGAUUUAUAGUCAAUUAUGUCCUACGAAAAAAUUUUUUAUGUAAGAUUUUAAUUAAACAUCCAAUGCUUCUUCUUUUGCACGACAGUACCCUAGUUUUAUUAUUGUGUUUGAUCAAGAAUUAGUCCUUUAUAUAUAUUCUCUACUAAAGACUGCAUCCUCCUUAUUACACAAACCACCCACUCCUGGCAGGAUCGCCAUGUCGUGUUGGACCUUAAGGACGUAAAGGAUCGGUUCUUCUAUGCCUCCCAAUUCGUGUCAUUUUCCCCAGGAAAACAGAUAUUCUCAUUUAUACUUUAAUAAAGUGUGUGUGUGUGUGUGUGUGUGUGUGUGUGUGUGUCCUUGGUUUUCUUGACUGUGGACUUAAUCCAUUAGCCGAGCUUUAAUAAAGUGAAACACUACGUAAAUUCAAUUUGUCGUUAAACCAAUUAAGUGCUGCGUGGACAUUAUAUUAUUUUAAGUACACAUUCGCGAUUCUCUCUACUGAUCAAUUGUUUUGUCUUUUUAUAUCCUUUGUUCGAUAUAUAAUUUGGAUCAAAUGUUUUAUUAAUACAAGGUCGUGUUUUUGUCUUUAAUAACAGUAUACCAAACUUCACCUUCGUCUUUGCAAACAACGCAACACCUUGCUAGCUCGACCUACUUUUAGAUAAACAUAUGGUUUAACUAUUAUAUCUUAUAAUUAAAAGAUUUGUACCAUUCCUGUACAACCGUUCGAACUUUAAUCCCAAUAGGGUCUUAUCAUCGACAAAUUUCCAUGGAUAUUCCCUACAUAGUAAAUAUCAUAGUUUGACUUAUUUGAUUACCGUGCCCAAAUUUUAGACGUAAGUAGCUUUCAUGACAAUUUGCCGAUACUGUUUUCGAUUUUGCAUGCAACAAUUCAUAUUUUGAUAAGCCAGUCCAUUGACGAAGGUUUCGGAGUCAUAAAUAUUUCUUCCUAAAUAUUCCGUUUUUUCCAUCGAUCUUUCCGUUGAAUAUUAAUUGCAGUGUCCAGUAUCUGCUACCUCUCAUUAUAUGCCCCAGAUAUUCAAGUUUUCUCUAUUUUAUCAUCUUCGUUAAAUCACCUUCGCCUUAACCUAUUGUUUAAGACUUAUAUGUUUGAAAUGCGUAGAAACCAUGAGAUUUUAAGCAUUCUAUGAUAUGACCACAUCUCAAAGAUUUCUAAUUUGUUCGUCAUAUUAUCCUUCAUGAUCCAGGUUUCAUACAUAUAUAGUAAUACAGGAUACACGUAACAUCUUGUGAACUUGAUUCUCAGUUGUAAGUUCAGCUGAGAAUUGCACAAUAUAGCUCUAAUCUUCAUAAAUGUUCAUGUUGCAAUUUUGCAAUUAUAUAGUUGCAUAGUUUAACAGAGGGGUUUAAUUACAUAUUUCGUGUAAGCUUGUCUUCAUAAUAUAUUUAGAUAUUUUAGUUCGAGAACAGAUUCAGACUAGGUUUUUUUCUUUACAUGUGAAACAUUAUUUAUGUUUUUUUUAUACUUAGAAGUCUUUCUAGCAUACGUUUUACUGAAUGUAAAUAACAAUGUUUUUUGAAAAAUUAUUUCACUUGUUUGUUAAGUAUUUUGGAAAAUAAUCCUAAUAAUAAAAGGCUGCAACAUUGUGCUAAAUUAUAGCCACAUAUUUGCAACCACUGUGUGUAAUGAUGAGGGCUUUGAAGUCGAAUUAUGAAUGAUAUCAAUCCUAUUGAUUUUGUAAAUGUUAAACAAAUGCAAAAGCUAUUUGAAUGUUGGUAUUUAUUAUUUCUUUCUUAUGUAAUGGAGCACGCUAAUGCUCUACAUAUGGCACAUGUACUUAUAUAUACAUAUAUAUAUAUAUACAAAUCUGUAUUAUACAACUUUAUUAAUUUUUUUCUGUAAUAUAGUAAUAAAUAAGUAUUGUCUGUUA